CUCUCGCGACUGUCACUCCAUCGGAAGUUCUCUUUUACCUUCCAUGGCGAGCACCGACGUGGAUCGCCCGGAGGAGGAGGACACUGGCGCCCAUGUAUCACCCAUAGUCCGCCUAGAGGAGGUCGCGGUCACCACCGGCGAGGAGGACGAGGACUCCCUCCUGGACCUGAAGGCGAAGCUGUAUCGGUUCGACAAGGAGGGGAAUCAGUGGAAGGAGCGGGGCAGUGGGAACGUGAAACUCCUGAAGCAUAAAGAAACCGGAAAGGUUCGGCUGGUGAUGAGGCAGGCCAAGACACUCAAGAUCUGCGCCAAUCAUCUUGUUGUUCCGUCGAUCAGGAUGCAGGAACAUGCCGGGAACGACAAGUCGUGCGUGUGGCAUGCGAUGGACUUCUCGGAUGGGGAGCUGAAGGAGGAGAUGUUUGCGAUUCGGUUUGGAUCGGUCGAAAACUGUAAGAAGUUCAGGGAGAUGGUUGAAGAAAUUGCUGAAUCAGUUGACAAGAUCGAAGAGGAAGAGAGCAAGGAUGUAUCGUCAGCUGCCAGCCUUAUAGAAAAGCUGACUGUGAGCGAAGACAAAACCGAGGGAAAUACCACAAAAGAGGCAGCUCAUGCUGAAGACGAGAAGAAAGAAGUCCAUGAAGAGAAGCAAGCAAACACCAAAGAAUCAUAUUCGGCAUCUUAGGUCUUGCCAAUAACCGCCCUCUCAAUGGAUAUAGUGACUAUGUUUUUCCUAAAAUGUGCAGCAAAAUGGAGCGGCUGCUUGCCUAUAUCGUACAACCUAUAUCGUGGUCGAAUGGUCUUUCGUUCUGGAUUGUAAUUUAUAAGAUGUAGUUUUGUUUGUAAUUUCCCCUACUUCAUUUGUCAAGGAGUUUUGGCUGUAUUUUGGUGAUUCCGUCCUACCUAAAUGAAACAUGGAAAGUGUGGUGAUGUUUGUCGAGA